CUGGCACUGCCACUGGUCUCGUCUAUCUACAUUCGUCUUUUGGAAAUUAAAAUUACACGUGUAACGGAAUUCGAUUGAAAGCCUAAAAUGGCAUCUCGCGGGGGCCCAAUGGUUGCGGGCACCGAUGGAAACGAUUUCGAAUACAGGCAACGGGUUGCUGGCACAUAUCAAAUCAGCUUGUUAAAUAAAUCACGCCUGAAAUACUGCAUUUUUUUUCAUGCAUUGUUGUUCUUUGUAAUGUUGGCAAAGUUGACAUCGGACAUUUUGGAUCGUUUGGACAUUUUCGUGCUCGAAAUUGAAGAGCUAGAAGUGCCUCCUCCGCUUUGGUGGGAAUAUGUAUGGGCGGCAUCACUCCUCACAUCGUUCCUUGGCUUAUCUGCGGCCCGUGGCAAUAAGGUGCGCGAGAUGCAAAAAUAUAUGAUUGCCAUUCUAGUCUUUGCUGUUCUGCCGUUGCUCUACUGCUUCAUUUACUACUUCUCGGAUGUGUGGGAGUUUGUGACUAUGGACAAAUCCGUGGAGUUGGAGGAAACAGACAUUUUCGUGUGGCGCGGCUUUCCCUAUGGAGUGUUUUGGUACGCCUUCUGUUUUAUCGGCGUCCAAAUACACGGCUUUACGUUGUACUUUGCCUACACCCUUGUCAAAGCCUGGAAGUCACGCACUGCCACACGUAAAUUUCAGUGAGUCAGUGAGAAUACAAUGUGUGUACAGCACCAAAUACUCGCCAAACGUCUAAGCAAAUUAAAUGCAAGGCUCGUUGUAAAUAAUUUGAUAUGGUUAAAGUAUCUCUUUUGUGCACAAAUAUGGAAAAGGAAAUGAAACAAUAAUGUCAGUUAAAGCUGUAAAGUUAGCACGCACAUCUUUGGGUACAGACAGUCCUUAAUAUUUAAAAGCUAUUUUCGAAAUAAACAAAAAGCUCGUUAAUGUUAUUGUUAAAGUUUAAUCAAACUAUCAAAUUAUAUAUGAAUGCAUUACAGACAUA